CAUCUUUGAAUCAUUUACCGUUGCGGGCAAUUGUGAUCUCAGUAGGCGACCAUACGUAUUGUGAAACAGGUGGCUGCAACAAGGUUGCUUAGAUUACGCUGCGGUAGUGUCCUCUCUAUUGUUUUGAGUGACAAUCAGUGACAGAAAGUGAUUUCGCGAGUAAACAAAAGAACGCCAGCAGCGGGCGAGAUAGCGCAAAAAGUAAAUACAUCACACACAACCAGCACAAAUCUGUCUAAUUAAUUACCAUCUAUCAAGUGGGUACAAUUAAAACUAAAUAAAAAAUUGUUAAUUCUUACCGCACAGUCCGGAGAGGGAGAGAUCAAGCGAAGCGGGAGUGACAGAGGGUAGAUUGUUUUCUUAUUUUUAAUUAAGAGCUUGCGAUAACCAACCACAUGGUCUCUGGUUCAAUUGGUGCAUGUGAAUAUUGUUUUCAUGAAUGAAGAAGAUCUCCGCGCUCCAGUGGUGAGUGUCUGCCAGCAGUCACUGUGACGUGCCGGGCGAGCAAAACAAAAAUAUGUUAUAAUUAUUCAAAUAUUUAACUACUCAAAGAGAUAAAUAACGUGCUGGAGCAGAGCAGAGUUUGGAAUGCUCCGCAAGUGUCAUCCCGUGAACGAGCAGUAGGCGACGAAAAAAGUGUCAAAAUUUAUUAGUGCCAGGCAGUGCAGUGUUUAGGCCAGAAGAAGAAACGCAGAACCAACAACACACUCACAGCAGCAACAAAAUAAAAAAAAAGCAACGAAAGAAUUUCGGAAAAAGAAGAGAUCACUUUCCGCGAGUUAUUUUAAUUAGAAAACACAACAAACACAUCAAGUCGGUGGCAUUUCGUGGCGUUCGUGAAUUGCAGCGGAAAAAAAAAUAUAUAAAGUGCACUGCAAUUUGCACAAAACCGACCGGCAACCAUCAAGAAGCUGCGAAGCAGUGCGAAAUUUGAGAAGUUUGAAGCCGAAGCCAAAGUAGGCAUAUUACGUAUAGUAGGCCGCGAAGGGGGAGAAGGAAGAAGGUGCAAAAGAAGUGUUGUAAUUCGAUCGGUAGUAGGCACGCUGAACGGCAGCCAGUCAGUGCGGUGCGGUGCAGGCAACGGAUUCCACCGGAUCGAUUGGUCACAGCAAGGCAGGGCAAGGCACGGAAGCAGGACGGAGUCCGCCUUUGAAGGUCUCUGUGAAUCCCACGGUGCUGCGGCGUACCUGUCCGGGCGCGCUCGUACACGGAAGGAAUUUCGCAAACGGCAACCCGGCAACUGUGUGCACACAGAACCCUCGGCCAAGAUAGUUGCCAACAGUCAGUUAUCCCAGAUGAUGACGAUGGACGUCACCAAGCCGGAACCACCGUCGGGCGGUGGUGCCGCCGGACUCAGUGGUGGCAGUGUUGCCAGCAACGGACCGAACGGAUCUCAGCAGAACCCGGGCGCGAGCGGUCCCGGUCAGAACGGCAUCAACGGCAACGGACCGCACAGUCACAACCACAAUCAGCAGCUCUGUGCCGGGUGCGGUAAACACAUCCAGGAUCGGUUCCUGCUGCGGGCGCUGGAUCUGCUGUGGCACGAGGAUUGUCUCAAAUGCGGUUGCUGCGAUUGUCGCCUAGGGGAAGUCGGUUCAACGCUGUACACCAAGGGCAAUCUGAUGCUGUGUAAGCGGGAUUAUCUGAGUUUGAAAAAUUCCAGACUGUUUGGCAACACGGGCUUCUGCGCCGCGUGCAACAAGGUGAUACCGGCCUUCGAGAUGGUGAUGCGGGCCCGGAACAACGUGUACCAUCUCGAGUGCUUCGCCUGUCAGCAGUGCAAUCAUCGGUUCUGCGUUGGCGACAAGUUCUACCUGUGCGAGAAUAAAAUCCUCUGCGAGUACGACUACGAGGAACGGUUGGUGUUUGCCUCGAUGGCCAACCAUCCGAUGUUGAAACGUCAAAUCGGCCAGGGGGGUCCACAGCAGCAGCAGCAGCAGCAACAGCAACAAGGGGGUGGUGGAGCCGGAGGUCAUCCACACCCGGUCCAGAAUGGCAUCGGUCAUGGACCGACGGCUGCUCAACAGCAGCAAGCUCAAUCGCAGAAUCCAAACGCCCUGAUGUCGCAACUGGUGGCGGGACAGCGGGCCGCCGGAGGCGACCAUAAUAAUAACAGUAAUCUACCGGUGUCACUCGGUGGCGGCGGUCCGUCAUCGUUCGGGACGCCUACGCACAUGAAGGCCGCCCUCAGUACUGCUAGUUAAAUUCGUGUUGUUCCUUUUUUUCUUUUUCUAUUGUGUAUUUUUUAAGAACAAUGGAAUGGGCUCUGCUGGAGGAGCGCAACGUAAAGGAAAAUUACUCAAAUUACUCAACAAAACACAACGAUGUGCAAUAUUUUUAAGUCGCUUUGAACCCCUCGAUGGUUCCCUUUGUCGUUUUGCAUUAAACAACAAUGCAGCCAUGUGCCAAAAACAAAACAAAAAUCCAAUCGAGGAACCCCUCGUUCGUGUUCGUGCAUCAAAUGUGUCAUUUUUCGCCUACUGCGAUCGGCGAUGUACUCAUCAUUUUCAGUUCGUUGUUUUUUCCGCGUGAAUUGCGCGAGUGCCAUAAAUUUAUGCGCUUUUUUGUUGCCAUCUUCCCGGUCGAACCGCCAACCGCCAUUGGAGGAAGCAAAAAAUGCAGCAUAAAUCAAAUUUACUCAAUUAGAUAAGCCGAGUCGGGUUUGUUUAACACUUCAUUUUCCGCGAUUGGAAGCGAAUAAAUUAUUAUUUUCAUUAAAAUCGUUGUUUUUUCAAACAGGUUCGGUUUGCAUCAAUUUCCCAUUCAACAAUAAAAGACUGAUAAUUUUGUAAAUGGAACACGAAUGAGUUCGAAUUGUAGGAAGGGGAACAACAACUGCAAAUUGAGGCAAAACUCAUUUUUGCUCCGUGUACAUUCUUACUCUGUACAUACUCUAGGUGAUAUAAUUCGAAUAUUUGUUGAAUAUGAAUAAUUUCUUCUCAAAAACUGUCCCAAUUGAUAGAACUCGUUUGUUUACAGCGGCACCGUUAUAUAAAAAGAAAAUCAAAUAGACGUUGUUCCAAAAAGCAUAAAAGUAAACCAAAAUUCAUAUUAAAAGCGUCAAUGUUUCAGGCAAAUGUAAUAAUCUGAAAGUAAUUCUUGUGAAAAACAAAUGAUAUUGAAAAAAAAAAACUGCAUAACACAUACAUAAACAAAAACAAACAUGAAGGUAAACCAAAGAAAAGAAAAACAGUACUUAUCGAUACUGCGGAAAAAAAAAACAUAAAUGGUAAUUAGACAAAUUAUUGAAGCAAACAAAGAAAAGAAGCUAUUAAUCGUACGAUCAAA